AUGAAGGCCAGUGCCUUCACAGCUUCUGGUUGGACUCAAGCUCAUGCAACCUUCUAUGGAGGCAGUGAUGCUUCCGGGACAAUGGGUGGUGCUUGUGGAUAUGGGAACUAUGGGACUAGAACUGCAGCAUUGAGCACUGCAUUGUUCAAUGGUGGAGCAUCAUGUGGGCAAUGUUACAAGAUUAUGUGUGAUUACAAUGCUGAUCCUAAAUGGUGCAUCAAGGGGACUUCAGUUACUGUUACUGCUACAAACUUUUGCCCUCCAAACUAUGCUCUUCCUAGUGACAAUGGAGGCUGGUGCAACCCACCUCGCCAGCAUUUCGACAUGGCUCAACCCGCUUGGGAAAAAAUUGGAAUUUAUAGAGGUGGAAUUGUGCCCGUCAUCUACCAAAGGGUCCCGUGCAAGAAACGCGGUGGAGUUAGGUUCACCAUCAAUGGAAGGGACUACUUUGAGCUUGUAAUUAUUAGCAAUGUGGCCAAUGCUGGAUCUAUUCAAUCAGUGCAAAUCAAGGGCUCAAAAACAGACUGGAUGGCUAUGUCUAGGAAUUGGGGUGCUAAUUGGCAAUCCAAUUCUUACCUCAAUGGUCAAUCUAUAUCCUUCAAGGUUACAACCACUGAUGGUCAAACAAGAACUUUCCUAAACAUUGCCCCAUCAAAUUGGGGCUUUGGCCAAACAUUUUCAAGCUCUGUCCAAUUCUAA